AUGAUAGCCCCUAAGGGCGUCUUAGUCCACUAGCUAGCUAAAGCUUAAAAGCCAUAAUUCAGCCACUUCAACAUAUAAUUUGAUAAGUAGCUGUGCCAGUCAAUGGCUUUUGAUUAGCCAGUGACGGAUGACUAAAUGAGGGUUUUUGCAGGAUAGAAAGACGAUGAAAGUAUGAAUAAUGAUGAUAAUCCAUAAGUUAGUAGAAGUCCCAUGAUUCAGGAUUCGAUCAUCCAAGUGAACAAUGACUUAAGCAAACUAACUCCCUCUAAAAGAAGUGCCAAUUCUUCAGUAAAGUCCAAGAAACCUUCUGAAUCCUAAGUAAUAAAUAAAUCAAAACCUAAAAUUAUGGGCGGCAAUGUAGGCUACUAGCCAAAAAUACUUGCCUAAGUUAUAAACUCUAGUGGUAGCUCAAGUGUGAGCAAAUAAAUGGAAAUGCUUAAUCAAUAAAUGGAUAUACCUCUAAUUGAUGAGCAUAUUGGACAAGCAGAUGAAAGCGAAUCUUCAAUAAGACUGUAUAAUUAAGAUAACGCAGUUAUUAAUCAAAGCUAAUAUACAAAUAACAACAAAUAAUACCAGAAUGAAACUUAAAACAAUAAUAAUAAUAGCAUAAGUAAUGAUACAUAAAGACUAAAGAAGAUAGAAAUAAUUAAGAAGUUAUAUGAAAUUAAGAAAUGUGUUUAAAUUAAGAGAUUGAUGGCUUAAAAGGAGAGUCUCUACCAUUCGGAUAUAUCUGAGGUAGAUGCAGCAUGUAAAGUUAUACUUGAGUAUGGUCGAUUGUUUAUAUUCUAAAAUAUGAGGAAGGCUUGCGAUUUCGAUAAACUUUCAUAGGAGCAACUCUUAAAGUUAAAGUUAGAUGAAAAGAUAAAGGAGUAUAAUAAUUAUUACUUAAAUGACAAGGACUUCAUAAUGAAUACUAAUAGUAACAGCUACUCAGUGGAUCAAUAAAAGUAGGCUCGUGUAUUAGAGAAGCUGAUUCUUUCCUCGAUCAAUGUCCAAGUUUAAUAAUAAGGCGGUAAAGAUCAGUAGAAGAAAAUGCUGUUAGAGUAGCAUAUGGUAGCUGAAGACCUAUUUCAGAAGAAAAUUGAUAAUCCUGAGUUUACACCUGUCAAGGACAUCGACGAUAAGUUCAAAAGAUAUACUUAUGAGAGAGGCAAUCGUUUAAAUAAGAUUAAUCAUAUGAAUCUAAGCACACCUGCAACCAAUAAGUCAAAGAGAGCUACAACAAGCAUCAAUGCAAAUAAGCCCAAUAUGAUUUCGCUGGGUAAAAGAGCAAUGAAAGACUCAGCUUUAUAGGAAAAGUUGUAGGAGAGCUCUAUUUAACUCAAGAGAUAGAAAAUGAAGUAGCAUAUGAACCUUAGUAAACUCGAAAACAGAAAAGGCAACUAGGGUCCAUAGUUAACUAUUAAUAGAACCAAUAAGCAGGGAUUAACGAUAGUAAACAAAAGACUAAUAAAUACUGAUGUAAACUUUACAGAAGAAAAUGUUAAUGGCAGGUCAUAACAAUCUGACAGUGAGUGCUAGAUGAUUGAAUUGGAUUGA